AUGGCAAAAGUAGCUACAGAUUUCAUGAAAUGUCAUAAAUGGACGUUUGAAACUCCAUCAUCUGAACUAGCUCAAUAUACAAAGAAAAUUAGUAAAAGUUUGAAGGAUGAUCACAAGUAUGAAGAAGGCAGGGAUACUGUUAAUAAAUUUGCUUAA